AGUGAGUGAGUGGCUGCUGGCUGAACAUCCUAUUGUGGAUUUGUCACUCUGCUGCUGCCUAUCGGAUAUCGGAUAUCGGAUAUCAUCGCAGUGAGCGCCGACCCACUGAACCACACACCCCCCCGCACACUGAGAAGCACUUGAAAUUCAAAGUUUGAGAAAUUCUUUCGUAUCUAUAAGGAACUGAGCAGAGAGCCGCGGCCAAGAGAUGACUACGCAGGGCGUGCACACACACGAGAUAUCGGCGGCGAAGCGGGCCGCCUUCCAGGUGAUUGCCGGCGGAUCGGCUGGCUUCCUGGAGGUGUGCAUCAUGCAGCCACUGGACGUGGUCAAGACGCGCAUACAGAUCCAGGCAACGCCGGCCGUCACUGCCGUCGGCGCCGUCACUGAGGUCCACUACAAUGGCGUCUUCGACUGCUUCUCAAAGAUGUAUCGGCAGGAGGGGAUCAGCUCGUACUGGAAGGGCAUCAUGCCGCCCAUCCUGGCGGAGACACCGAAGCGCGCCAUCAAGUUUCUGGUGUUCGAGCAGACGAAGCCGCUGUUCCAGUUCGGUUCGCCGACACCCACGCCGCUCACCUACUCGCUGGCGGGCCUGACCGCGGGCACCCUCGAGGCCAUCGCCGUCAACCCUUUCGAGGUGGUGAAGGUGGCCCAGCAGGCGGAUCGCCAGAAGAAGAUGCUCAGCACCUUUGAGGUGGCGCGCGGCAUCGUUCAGCGCGACGGGCUCGGGCUGAAUGGCCUCAACAAGGGCGUCACCGCGACCAUGGGCCGCAACGGCGUCUUCAACAUGGUCUACUUUGGGUUCUACCACAGCGUGAAGAACGUGGUGCCCGAGAACGAGGACAGCACCCUCGAGUUCCUGCGCAAGGUGGCCAUUGGCUUCACGGCCGGCACGCUGGCCUGCUUCGUGAACAUCCCCUUCGACGUGGCCAAGUCGCGCAUCCAGGGCCCCCAGCCAGUGCCUGGCCAGAUCAAGUAUCGCGGCACACUCAGCUCCAUGCUGACCGUCUACAAGGAGGAGGGCUUCCGCGCCCUCUACAAGGGCAUCGUUCCGAAGAUCAUGCGCCUGGGACCCGGCGGCGCCAUUCUCCUGCUUGUCUUCGAGUACUCCUACGAGUAUUUGCAGCACAACUACUCCUAGUCGGCUGUACCAACCACAACAAACAGCAUAGUCCUAAGACCUAUUUUUUUUGUUUGCUUUCUGCUAUACAUUUUGCUACAUUUAUACAUACACAUAUACAUGCAUACAUACUAGGUACUAAAUACACACGUGCACGUGCAAGUUGUUUCUGUAUUGUUUCUGUCGUGUGAAUAAAGACGA